AUGGAGGAAUCAUUAGACGGCCGCGAGGGUGGCGCAGGCGCAAGUGGUUUCGACUCGGCGGCCAUCUUGAAUGAUGACGUAUCACCCACUACCAGUUUCUGUUAUAACAUCCCUAAUCUUUUCAAUAGUCUUGGUCCUGGAUCUGUGUUAUGUGAACGUCCGGACAAUGAACCCAGUGAAACUUACACGCCGAACGUAGAACCAGCAGACGAAAGCACUGAACACCAGCAGUUUGAAGAUGAUGAGGAGUAUUCUCCGAAAUCAAGUGAGCAGUUUUUGAAUUUAACCACGUUUUCGAACGUGCAGCUCGAGCAGCUUGAGGCAGCUUUCCAUAAGACGCACUACCCUGACGUCUUCUUUAGGGAGGAGCUGGCGAUGAGGAUCGACCUUACUGAAGCUAGAGUUCAGGUUUGGUUCCAAAAUCGACGAGCGAAGUGGCGGAAACAGCAAAAGGCUGGCUGUGAAGGAUACUCUGCUGCCCCGAGAGGGCCAAGAUCUCCUGACGAAAGAUCACCAUCAGCUUUAGCUUUGGAGAUGAGGGAUUUCAUCACCAUACCUGUAUCAUCAACCCAAAUGAUAAACUUAAAUGACACUCAGACACAAGUUUACGCGACCAAAUCAAAGCCAUCACCACCAGCCAUUCACAUAUCAGCGCUACCAACGAGACAGAACCCUCAAGUCGACCUCCCAUCAUUUUCCAUACCCCUACAAUAUAACCUAGGAAGCUUCAAGAAAAUCGGCGAAGACGUACACCUAGACCUAGAAACAUCAGAUCAAAACAACUGGGACGCUAGAAUGAUACCUAAUUUCAACCUGAUGAAUUUAAAACCUUUAAUAGAAACGAGAGAUAACGUUGACAUGGAAUUAAAAUAUGAGGUUAAAAAUGAAAAUAGAGUGAAUUUCAAUGAAAUACAAACUGUUCAAGCUAUUGAGAGUGACGACUUACUUGGUAAAGAGACAGUGAAUGAAGGGCAAACAAUAUCACCAGAUUUUGAAAUACAAAGGUUUCAAAAUUAUCAAAAUGAAAACGAGAAAAGAUUUAGGGAACAGAGCUUCGAAGACUCCAUCAUGGAAGAUGGGAGGAAUGAUUUCGUUUGCGAUGGAGAUUUUCUAUGCAAGAAUAAUUUUGAGAAAGUCGUUGAGAAACGCAAUGAAUUCGAGGAGUGCCAUCUUUUAGAUAGUGAUAAUACUGUUGGUAUAAGUAAUUUUGAAAAUGCCCUGUAG